UACUUCAGUUUAUUUAUUUCCUUUUACGUUCCAUCAUGAAAGUUAUCGUGGCUGGUUUGUACAAGACAGGGACGAAGUCGAUGAAAGACGCGUUAGAGGUGCUUGAUUAUGACGUAUGGGAUGUAGCGGAACAACUUAAUCACGUGGGUGGGGUGGAACAAUGGGAGGCAUUGAUGACGUAUAAUGGGGAUGCGACGCCAAUGCUCAAAGAGAUGUUGUCAAACUGUGAGGCGGUCACUGACGGGCCUGCCGCUGUGCUGGCUGUCGAAAUCUACAAAGCUUUCCCUACGUGCAAGGUGAUCUUGUGUGUGAGGGAUAAUGAGGAUGUUUGGUUUGAAAGCUACAAACGUAACCGAGAUACAUUGAACAACAACUUCCUCCUUCGCUUGAUGAGAUAUAUCUCUCCAACUGUAAGCAGAAGGUUUGAGAUCAUGAGGUUGGCUAAUGACGUCAUAUCCUCUGGAAGGUUCGUCAACCCAUUGUCAAGCAUUAUGACGUAUGACAUCAGUCCAUUGUUAUGUAAGCGUGCUUACAAUGCCCAUAUUGCAUACGUCACACAGCAAGUACCCCAAUCGAACCUGCUAACUUUCAACGUCAAGCAAGGUUGGGAACCUCUUUGUAAUUUCCUCGGGAAAGAGGAACCACAGGUUGAGUUUCCGCAUACGAACCGCAACGCAGGCAACGCUACAACGUCCGGUGUUUACCGACACGCGAUGUUUAGCUCGGUUAAGUCGGUACGGAACCGCGUGGCUAUGGAAGUAACAAUGGCUGUUUGUGUCGCAUUCGCUGUUGUCGUUCCUAUGUUCUUUGUGUAUCUUUUGAAAUAAACAGCCAUUGUUGACGUA